ACACACGGUUAUCUACGCCCUCCUUGUUAAUAUUCAGGUGCUGGUAGGUUUCAUUUUCAAAUACGGACAGACGGCACAUAAGUAAGCGUUAUUUUAAUGUUAGUUAAAGCGCGGUGAGACCCUUGCUAACGUCAUUAACUGUAGCGUAGCAAAUGUCUAACUAACACUGGAGUUGACAGCUCGAGGUGCACCGGUUAAUGUGUAUAUGUGUGUGUGUUUGCCUGCCAGCCGUCAUCACAACAGUUUAGAAAACCUGCAAUUUAUUACUGCAAAGUUGGCAUAGAAAUGGCAUCAGUAGCGGCGGCGCAUGAGCCAGGCAUUAGCCCAGGCUCCGUACCGCUGGCCGAUGCUUUAGUCCCGGCGAGUAUUUUUGCUCCAGACCGUGGAGGAUGCAGCGACGACGCCGGGGAUGAGUGUUUCGAGGAUGGGGACGUGCUCAAUGGCGAGCCUGAGGAUCGGGGGAUUGACUUUACUAGCAAGCUGGCACUUGUUAGCCCAAAUGGAGAGCAGUAUGAUUCGUUACUUCGGCAGCUACGAGACAGGAUGGAAGAGGGAUGUGGAGAGACUAUUUAUGUGGUUGGAAUGGGCUCAGAUGGUGGUGACUGGGGUUUGGAUGAGAAAGAUAUGGAGGCCUCAGUAGCCACAGUGCACUCCAUGUGUGAGCAGCUGGAUGCUGACCUGAUCCCUCUCCGGGAGCGCAAUGAGGCUGCCGGUUUGGUACGUGACUAUCUGAUACGGAGGCGUGUAGGUGAGCUGGACUUCCUGGAGGUCAGGGUUGCAGUGGUGGGCAACGUGGAUGCUGGUAAAAGUACUCUGCUGGGAGUAUUAACACAUGGUGAGCUGGACAAUGGCAGGGGCUUUGCUCGCCAGAAACUAUUCAGACACAAGCAUGAGAUGGAGAGUGGCAGGACCAGCAGUGUGGGCAAUGAUAUCCUGGGGUUUGACCAAGAGGGACAGGUGGUGAAUAAACCAGACAGUCAUGGAGGAAGUCUGGACUGGACUAAAAUCUGCGAGAAGUCCUCUAAGGUCAUUACCUUCAUAGACCUGGCCGGCCAUGAGAAAUACCUCAAGACCACAGUGUUUGGGAUGACAGGACACCUUCCAGACUUCUGCAUGCUUAUGGUGGGCAGUAAUGCAGGUAUCGUAGGAAUGACCAAAGAGCACCUGGGCCUGGCUUUAGCUCUGAAUGUGCCUGUGUUUGUAGUGGUAACCAAGAUAGACAUGUGCCCAGCCAACAUCUUGCAAGAGACCCUAAAGCUGCUGCAGAGGUUACUGAAGUCCCCAGGCUGUAGAAAAAUUCCUGUCCUGGUACAGAACAAGGACGACGUCAUAGUCACGGCUUCAAACUUCAGUUCGGAGAGGAUGUGCCCCAUCUUUCAGAUCUCCAAUGUGACCGGUGAGAACAUGGACCUGCUUAAGAUGUUUCUCAACUUGCUUUCCUCCAGGACAUCCUACCGGGACGAUCAGCCUGCUGAGUUUCAAAUAGAUGAUACCUACUCUGUACCGGGUGUGGGAACUGUAGUAUCGGGAACUACUUUACGUGGGCUCAUACGCCUGAAUGACACCAUGCUGCUGGGACCCGAUCCUCUAGGGAGCUUCAUCUCUAUUGCUGUCAAAUCAAUACACCGUAAGAGAAUGCCUGUGAAGGAGGUCAGAGGUGGCCAGACUGCCUCGUUUGCUCUUAAAAAGAUCAAGCGUUCAUCCAUAAGGAAAGGCAUGGUAAUGGUGUCCCCAAGGCUAAACCCACAGGCAACUUGGGAGUUUGAGGCUGAGAUCCUGGUGCUGCAUCAUCCCACCACAAUAUCCCCGAGAUACCAGGCCAUGGUCCACUGUGGCAGCAUAAGGCAGACAGCCACCAUCCUGUCCAUGAACAGAGACUGCUUACGAACAGGCGACAAGGCUUCAGUCCACUUCCGUUUCAUCAAGACCCCAGAGUACCUGCAUUGUGACCAGAGGCUGGUGUUCAGGGAGGGGCGCACCAAAGCUGUAGGAACCAUCACGAAGCUGCUGCAAUCCACCAAUAACAUGCCAUCAAACUCAAAACCGCCACAAAUCAAAAUGCAGUCUACCAAAAAGGCGCCGCUGCGAAAAGAGGACGGCACUGUGGUGGCCGGUGACGACGUGGGAGCAGCAGCUCAGCCGGCAGCCUCCAACUCAACACAACCGGGAGAGGGAGAUGAUGACCCUCAGUUAAAGGAGGGCAACAAAGAGAACAAGCCAAAGUCUGGAGGCGGUGGAAGGAGAAGGGGUGGCCAGAGGCACAAAGGAAAAGGCCAGAACAGCAGCACCAACCCCACAGCAGCGGCUUCCUCAUCGGGGAUAGGGAGCUGCUGAAAAGCCCACGGGUCCCAUUUCUUCCUGUCACUCCACCAAGUGUCUUCAUUCCACACACCAUGAAGGAAGCAGACGUUUGGAGCAAGACACUCUCCUCAGUCUUAUUACUCCUCGCCUUUUUUAGUUUUAUUGGGUUUUUGUUUUGUUUUUUCACACCAGGUCCCAUGCUUUUUAUUUAAUUAUUUUUAAAAGGGAACACAGAGGGGUAUGUCUCACACUAAAAGCAUACACCUCCUAAGCAUUUAAUAUCAGCUGCCUUUACCAUUUCGAAUGGCUUGGAUGAUUGAAAGCAGUGUGGUUUUUGAGGUUAGCCUCACUCAGGAUGAUGAAUAUAUUUAAUUUUAUCCAUAUUUUAUGCGUGUCUGAAAACAGUCCUCUGGCUCAGUUUCAGGGGCAGGGAGGAAGGAUAAACCCAAGACAAGGGUCCAAUACCCUAUAUUUACGAGCAGCUAUUAGUGACACCCAUGAAUUCCCUGUGUAUUUGCAAUGAUAAACAGUUGUACUAUUUAUACAGCAUUAAUUGCCUCUUAGUUUUACUGAUUGGAAUGAUGUACAAAAUGUAUGCAAAUCACAAAUGUAGCAGAGUUGAUUUAAGAUUCUAGGUAUACAGAAAAUAUAAGCUGUUUUGUUUUAUAAUUAUUUAUUUGACAUGCAGAACAUUUACUCUUGGAUGGUCUUUAUCUUUUGAGAUAGGUUCACUUGCACACCUAGAUUCAGUAGUAUGUGUCAUUCUUCCAUCGUCGGUCUAUAUACAAACCUUAUAAUAGUGUUAGUACCAAUACAGCACAAUUUCUCACUUCAGCAGCUGCUACUGAUUGUAAUACUUGCCGUACUUGCAGUGCUACUUGUAAUUCUCAUAUCCCAUGUGUUAUGGCUUGUUGCUGUAGACAUAUUGUGACAUUUUAAACCCCUUGCUACAAGAAAAGGACCAUUAAUAAACACAGUUUACUGAA